CACCAAUCUCUGGAUGUAGGCGGGAUUUGUUCUAAUACAGGCGUGAAAGAAUAGCUAACGCCCUGACUGAACAAAACAGUCACCGCUGUGAGCUUUACCAUUUUGCAGCGAUGGAGCUGAGUGAAAUUUUAUACAACAAGGCGGAAUAUAUCGAGACAGCAUCAGGCAAUAAAGUGAGCAGGCAGUCGGUUCUGUGUGGGAGCCAGAACAUCGUUCUAAAUGGAAAAACCAUAGUGAUGAACGACUGCAUCAUCAGAGGAGAUCUGGCUAACGUCAGGGUUGGCAGGCACUGUGUCAUCAAGAGCAGGAGUGUAAUCCGGCCGCCAUUUAAAAAGUUCAGCAAAGGGGUGGCUUUCUUCCCCUUGCACAUCGGAGAUCACGUGUUCAUAGAGGAGGACUGUGUCGUGAAUGCGGCUCAGAUCGGCUCCUACGUCCACAUCGGGAAAAACUGCGUCAUCGGUCGGCGGUGUGUACUGAAGGACUGCUGUAAAAUCCUGGAUAACACGGUCCUGCCUCCUGAGACGGUCGUUCCUCCAUUUACAGUGUUCUCUGGAUGUCCAGGAUUAUUUACCAGUGAGCUCCCCGAAUGCACACAGGAGCUGAUGAUCGACGUGACCAAGAGCUAUUAUCAGAAAUUCCUCCCUCUAAGCCAAAUCUAACCACAGACUCUCUAUCCGUCAUCAUUUCCUUGUUUGCUCCCUUCCGCUGAAACAUGAAGGAUGAUUCCAACGAUGUCCUCUGAUACAGAUCUGUAGAUUUGUCUGCGUUUUA